AUGGCACUUGGGGUAUUGACUGGCAACAGUGAUACAGCUUCAGUAGUGGAGCAUCGCUUAUUGCCCCCAAUAUUUGCAAGUAAAGUACGCCUGUUUCCGCACAGUCUGCAUAGAAGAACAGUGUGUCUGCGUGCCGAAUUACUUGGUUGCAUGGAUGACGGUGGUAUCGUUAGUUAUUCAAUACCGCAGUCUCCGGAGCCCGAACUGAGCGACUCCAGCUACGACGGCAACCGAACCUCCGGUCGUUUAACUGGCGGCUUGGGCAGGCUCGUCGACGGACAGUACGGGGCCGAUAAUUUCCGCCUAGAUAUAGGUUACGGUAAAGGAAACGGCUGGGUAGGUUGGAGGAACACUUCAUUAGGCGAACGAUACGUAGAGUUAAUCUUCGAGUUCGAUCAGUUGCGGAACUUCAGCGCCAUUCAUCUGUUCACCAACAACUUCUUCAGCAAAGAUGUCCAGGUUUUUUCAAGGGCAAAAAUCUGGUUUUCCGUUGGUGGUUUACAUUACAAUGGUAGACCUUUGGGAUAUUCUUAUAUGCCCGAUAGAGCCUUAGAAGUAGCCCGAGAUGUGACAAUAGCUUUACAUCAUAGAUUGGCAAGAUUUGUCAAAAUUCGACUUUAUUUUGCUGCAUCAUGGAUUAUGCUGAGCGAAGUUUUCUUUGAUAGUGAACCAUUGGGAUACAACGCUACAGAUGAAAUUGAGUUAAAUACCAGCGACGAAGAAAUUUUGGUCAACCCAGAGAUUGGGGUAGCAUUUGAUACAUUUGAAACAGUUCAAGCUCAUCAAGAUGAAGGCGGUUAUGUAGAAGCCGUUAUAGGCGUCUUGACCGCUGUUAUGCUAUUGCUUUUAGUUGUUUUUGUAAUCAUCUUGAUAUUGAGUAGACGACAAAAACUUCAAGGAUCGCCUACGAUAUUGAGAAAUCCAUUUGGUGUUACUAUAAACAUGAAGGAUCUCCUGAUGAACUUGGCGCCAUCGUCGAAUGGCGGUGCCGGCGGUAGUAGCGCUGCCUCGCCUGUGGGACAGGCACCUCCUGGAGGUGCCGGAAGCCCCGCCACGUCACCUCUGCUUGUCAACGGCGGUACUGGCAGUUACGUCGCACUGACUUCAUCGCUUAUUGAUUGCGAAGCACCUUCCAGCGAUAACGAAUCCAGACUGAUAUCUGCAAAAUCGGCACCGUCCGCCAGCCCAUCACCGACCGUAACUCCUUCGAUUAUGUCUGCACAGUCUCCUGCCACGCCCACCAGGCGGUUGAUCAGCGCGACCAGCAACGGGUCCAUGACCCUGAUUCCGAAUGGCAGAUCAAGGGUAGCCGGAAAAGGAUCAUGCUUGGGACCAUAUCACCAGCAACCGCAGUCCAUUAAUAAUAAUAAUGAUUCGUUGCGGAGGAGUGAUCAGCAUACAGUUGGUAGAAAGUCGGAAACUUCAGAAAGGACGAAGAGGUGUCAUACUGCACCAAGGGAUAGACAUAGGGUGGCCCCUCCAGUCGUAUGCUGGAACAUUGCGCCGAGUAUGGGCAGACCGUACAGUUGCCGCGAAAGCGAGUUGGCUCCGGUCCCUAGAUAUUGUCUAAACGUGGUCGAGAAAUUUGGCUCUAGUCAUGCUGGGGAGAUAAUGUUGUGCGAGACCGACAAUGCUUUGUCCGCACUUAUUCCCGGAGUGGGCCGAUUAGUCUGCGCCCGCUCUUCGCCGCCUUCUACCUUACCGAACGGUGGAGUCGGGCGGCAGCCUUCGCGUUCUCCAUCGCCUGCAGGGAGAUCAAGUUCUAUGCGCGAAUUGCGAUUUUUGGCAUCUCUCACAGACGUUGGUCUCUGCAGAGUUUUGGGUGUAGUUACUGGAGAAAGACCACAAUGGGCUAUUAUUGAAUACGGAGAAUUGGGUGAUCUGGCUCAUUUGUUGCAGACGAAAGAAGUUAUGGAGAAUAGGAGGGGAUAUCAGGAUGCUAGAAGUAUCAGUUUUGGUUGCCUGGUUUAUAUGUCGACGCAAAUCGCAUCGGCUGUAAAAUAUUUAGAAUCGAAAAACGUUGUACAUAAAGAUUUAGCAGCUAGAAAUUGUUUGGUCGGUCGAGGAUAUGUUGUCAAAGUUGGCGAUAUUGCAAUGUGUAGUCCGCUAUAUCGUCAAGAUUACAGCGAGAUUGGUGGACGACCGCCUGCGCCUAUCAGAUGGUUGCCUUGGGAAAGUGUACUUAUGGACCGCUACACAUGUGCGGGUACCGUGUGGCAAUUUGCGGUAACGCUCUGGGAAAUAUUCUCCCUGUGCCGCGAGCGGCCGCUCGGCGAUUUGAGCGAUCGGGAGGUCGUUCGCAGGGCAGAGCGACUUUAUUGCUCCUCAUCUCCGGUGACUGAACCUCUUUUAAUACGACCAGCCAUAUGUCCUACAUCGUUAUUUGCGAUGAUGGACGCGUGCUGGAGCAGAGAUGAAACUAAGAGGCCUACAAUGAGAGAAAUGCAUUCGUUUUUAGCCAAUAUGUGCUCGGAGGAUCAGCAGCAGCAACAUUUAAGGAGGAGGAUAUCGGAUAAUGGUAGUUUCCAGGAUUCGGAUGAUGUCUGAAGGGUUUAGUUUUUUGGUUUUCCUUAGUUCGAUGGAUGCUGUAAAGAGAUAUCCACAUGAAUGUGUAAACGCUGACGGACCAGAGCGUGACUUCGAGGUAGCCGACGACUCUGCAUAUGACGUCGCCGUACAUCCAGUGUUGCGUGAGAGCUGGGUAGACGGACAGAGGGAC